GACGUGACUUUGAACGCGGCAUUGUGACGACAUACGUAAGGGUGGGAGGCUGCAGUCGCGCUCUGAACUACAAUACCCAUAAUACCGUGCGCGCGCGUUAACGGUAACCGCUCGGAUGUUGCGAUAUCGCUGGCAGCCAAAGAUUGCUGUGGUUGCAGAGAUUAGGCUGCUCGGGUCGAAACCUCUGCCUAAUGUUUUGAUGGAUGUCAAAUUUGUCGAUCGCUGAUCUGCAGCCGCCGACGGACGCUUCGGUUUCCCGUUGACUCAGCGCGUAUUUGUGUUUUUUUAGAAAGGCUGCAGCGCGCUAAUACGUUAGCUAACAAAAAAAACAAAAAAAAACAGUAUUAUUGUAGAUGGGUGGGAAUUAAAUAGCUUGGCGGGGGAGCAAUGUGCCAACACACUGUCGCUCCUAUUGAAUGAGGAUGGAAAGAUCUUUUUCGGCCAACGACAUCGCACAAGUUACACGUCGGACACAUCGCGCACGGGGACGUUCUCUUCAAAGGAUCGCCCGGGUAACCUUACACGAAAUGUCAUAGCGCGUAAGUGGCUAGCACUCGGCUAGCUCGGUAAUGGUCGGACGCGAUGGGGAAGGACCUACUGUUGUCAUCAGCAUCGGCCGACCGCGAGCAGCUGGAUGGAUAGCCACGGACACACUUUCUCCGGAGAUGCUUUAGCCUCCUGGGCGGUGUAACACACUUACAUAACGAGCGACUCGCGGCCGCUCCGGCUCGCACGAAACGGACUUGUGUUCGGCGAGAAAAUUGGGGAAAUUUGCCACGGAAAAUCUCAACAUCAUCAUAAAGUGUGUGUGUGUGUGUGUGUGUGUGUGUGUGUGUGCGCGCGCGCUUGAAAAAAAAGGGGGCCAUCACUGUCACGUUUCGAGGCUGCGACUCGCACGAAGCUUCGUCGGGUUCGUGAAGGUUUUACAUGUCUGAUCUGCAUUAGUGCAACAAUUCUGUACGCGGAAAUCAAGCCGAUCGUCUGUCGCGUCUGCGACCGAAGCAGCAGAGAAUACUCCUGCCGCCGUCGUUUGGGACAACAUGAGGAAGUUCUUCGAUUCUCGCCGGGAGUUGGUCAGCUCCGGGCCUGGCUCCGGGGGAGGCGGCAGCUCCGCGUCCAGUCACGCAGGCGGAAAUUUCAUUGGACGAGCCUUCACCGUCGGCCGACACCAAGUCACCGUUGACGAGAUUGUUGCUGAAGGUGGUUUCGCAAUUGUGUUCCUCGUGCGCACAAACCAAGGGGUGCGCUGCGCCCUGAAGAGGAUGUACGUCAACAAUGAGUAUGAUCUGCAGGUGUGCAAACGCGAGAUUCAAAUAAUGAAAGACCUCGUCGGCAACAAGAAUAUUGUUGGUUAUCUGGACUCCAGUAUCACAGCGAUGGGAUCAAGGGAUGUAUGGGAGGUUCUCAUACUUAUGGACUAUUGCAAAGGGGGGCAGGUGGUCAAUUUGAUGAAUCAGAGACUGCAGACUGGCUUCACUGAGGCGGAGGUGCUGCAGAUCUUCUGUGACACCUGCGAUGCUGUUUCUCGUCUGCACCAGCGCAAGAUACCCAUCAUCCACAGAGACCUCAAGGUGGAGAACAUCCUCCUGCACGACAAGGGCCAUUAUGUUCUGUGUGACUUUGGCAGUGCCACCGACAAGUUCCAGUGCCCACAGACCGAAGGAGUGGCCACCGUGGAGGAAGAGAUCAAAAAGUACACCACUUUAUCAUAUCGUGCCCCUGAAAUGGUCAACCUCUACAACAACAAGAUCAUCACCACCAAAGCAGAUGUCUGGGCUCUGGGUUGUUUGCUGUACAAGGUUUGCUUCUUCACUCUGCCCUUCGGUGAAAGCCAGGUGGCCAUCUGUGAUGGCAGUUUCACCAUUCCAGAUAACUCUCGCUACUCUUAUGAUCUUCACUGCCUCAUUCGAUACAUGCUGGAGCCAGACCCAGACAAAAGACCAGAUAUCUACCAGGUGUCCCACUUUGCUUUCAAACUAGCACAGCGGACCUGCCCUGUUCAGAAUGUAAAGAAUUCUCCAAUUCCCUCAAAACUUCCUGAGCCAAUCAAAGCGAGUGAGGCUGCCGCAGCAAAGAAGAGCCAGACUAAGCCCAGACUGACAGAUCCUGUUCCCACCACUGAAACCUCCAUUACCCCUCGCCAGAGGCCCAAAGCAGCCCAUACCCAGCCUGCUGCUGGCAUUCUACCCAUCCAGCCUGCUGCUCUCACCCCUCGCAAACGGCCUAAUCUCCCUGGUGGUGCAGCUCAGCCUGUCGGAGUCAGCUUAGACCUCUCUCAGCCAGCUGCAGCUCUGCAGUCGCAGAAGGCACAGACUUCAGCUCUGCCUCUCAUCCAGACACAAAAUAAUUCAAGUCAGGCUGUGGCUCCGCUGAAGCAGGCCGUGCAGCCAGCCGCCGCUACAGGAGCAGAGGCUACAGCGGUCGCAGUUGUAUCACCAGUGACCAAGAGUGACGUCCAACCACAAGCACAGCCAACAGUCCAUCCGCAGACCUCACCUCCCUCUGUGGUCGGCUCCGCCUCCCAGCAAACUACUCCAUCCAGCCCAGCCCCACCGCAGCGGCCAGCUCGACGCAAGCAGGCCGGCCAGCCUCAGCAGCCGGCGGCUCAGCCUUCGCCCAGCAAACCGGCCUCCGCUCAGCCGCCUGCAUCCCAGCCGCAGCAGAUAAAUCAGCCAUCGGCCGGGCAGGCACAGCCUGUCUCCACUGAGAUCAGCCAAAAAUCAGCUGAGACGCCUCCACCUGCUUCUCCAAAGACGACUGAAGAACGAAGCCACCAACGCGUCCCGAGCGACGCCACGGCGAGUAGUGUUGCCGCAGUUCCAGUCAGUGACUCUCAGCAGCUGCAAGGAGUCAACGGAGAUGCUGCCCUCAACCAAUCACUUACAUCUCAACCAAGCACCACCCAGCAGGUUCAGCACAGUGCUGCAGAUGCAGCCCAGGACCAAAGCAAGGCUGUUCCUGCCUCCGGCGGUGCCGCCAGCACCCCCACACAGGCUGCGUGGAACCCCUUUGACGAUGACAACUUCUCCAACCUCACUGCUGAGGAAUUCAAAGCGGAAGACAAAAAGCCGAAUGACCUUCCUUCAGAGGCUGAGAUGACAUCGACAGAAGAGUUGAUACCAGGCCUGCAGGCCUCAACUGUGGAAAAUGAUCCUCAAGAAACAACAUUGCUCUGUUUACCAGUUGAAAGGCCAUCAGCCCUCCUUGACGUGGAGGCAGGAGCCUCUCUGCUGGCUGUACCAGAUCCUUUCGGUACCCUCGAACUCUUAGAUGCACCAGAGAAGCUGAUUGAAGGACUCAAAUCUCCUGACACGUCUUCACUCAUGCUUCCUGACCUCUUGUCAUUGUCUGAUCCCUUCGGUGGCUCUCUGGAGGAGUCUGCAAAAGACUCUCUCACUGCAGACGAAUCUCUCCUCGGCUGCUCUCUGAUCUCUGCUCCGUCCGGCCCUCCAGCAGCGAACAGUGCCACCUCCUCCGUAUCCUCUGCCCCCACCUCCGCCGCUUCCGCUCUGGAUGAUUUCUGUCUGUUUUCUGGAGAUGUCGCGCAGCCCAAAGCAGAUUCGUCUCUCCUGAUCUCAGACUUCGAGCCGCAGCAAGCCGGUGGAGAGGCAGAAACGGAGGACGAGUUUGAUCCCAUACCCGUCACUGGCCGAAAGAACUCCCAAGUUUCAGGAGGCCACUCGCGCAGUAACAGUGGCGGCUCUGAAUCCAGCUUGCCCAGCCUGGCUCGCUCCCUGCUGCUGGUGGACCAGCUCAUCGACUUGUAGGCGGCCCCAAGCCCCCCCGCCCCCUCCCGCCCAGUAGAAGCUGUAACACUGGAUUAUAGACUGGCAUAGCAUAACUGCAAUCAACACUGUUGUCAUAGCUAUCUUCCUGCAACCCUGGCUGUCAACUUCAUUGUAGCUCCUACAGUAGAAGCGUCCUUCGCCUUCCAGUGCUUCUUCAUUCCCGCCCUCGCCGCUGUGGCGACCGCAUCAUCUGGCUUCUCUUCACCUCUUCUCUCUCACUCUCUCGCUCACAUUUUCUCUUUGUUGUAGUCUCUGUGUCAUCCAUCGGCUCAACACACUAACAUCAUCCUUUCUAAAGAUUAACCAUUGCACCUUUCAGUCAAUCAGGAUAUAAUAUCGCUAUCCAGUUUGUUUGAACAAUAUUACAUUAUGUCUAAUAGCAAACAAUAGAAGAUCAUUGUUGUAAUGUACAAUAGGCAUAGUUAUAAGUGGUCGUAGUUAUUAUCGUGCACAUGUGAAUUUUGUCGUUGUUUGGCCUUUUAAGUUCUCCUCUCCAGAUUAAUUUGCACAUUAUCAAGUGGAGAAGUGAAAUGAUAAUUUGUUCAAACGUUUAUUUCUUCUACAAAGGGAAACCUAUUUGAAACCUGUCGUGUAGCCUGACUUGCACAGUAGCAUAAGUGUUGCCUGGAAUAUCUCUAAAAAAAAAAUGAUGCUGCUAUAGAUUAGAGUGAAACGUGAAAUGAAAUUGUGUCACAAUCGGGGAAACAAAACAGCCAUAACCACACAUCCUACUUCUCUUUCUGCUUCAAGCACCGUGCAAGGUUAUUGUGAGGAACAGACGAGCAGGACACAAACAGUUUCUCUCAUCAGUGCCAUUAGAUAAUAUGUGAAGCAAACUGCUGACUGGAAGAGUCCGGGAUGUGUACAGUAUCUGCUAAACUCUAAAUAUAACUACAAUUUAUUUAAAAAGAGGAAUGUCAAGGUGAAGUUGUUUUCCAGACAAAGUGUACUUUGAAAACAAGGACCUGUUCUUAUAUGCGGUUAUUUUGAGCUUAACGUUUUAAUUUUUAUCCUCGAGGCAAGCAACUAGAUGACAAAUCAUGGUCAUUUAACAGUGUUUAUCGCAGUGUGCCAUACCAACAGACAAUGCAUGAAAUCAUGACAACAAUUUGAAUAUUCAACAGUCAUAGGGACAUGUAGUAAUAGUAGAUAUGACUAUUCAGGUUAUUCUUGGCACUAACAGAAAAAAGAAGAGAAUUUACACUCACUCACAUUUGUUCAUAUCAACUCAGCAUUGUGCAACCCCUUCCUACAUCCCUGCCAUUUGUUUAAUCAUAACGUCUGUAAAUAGAUCUCUGGACCCCUGCAGGCUCUGAUCCAGACCAUAGUAUUGGUUAUUCUUCCCAUGUAUAUAUGAAAGUCAUUGUCAUGAAGCUUUACUUGUGGAAAACAUCUUGCUUUACAUUUGAAAUCCGUCAUAUAUAUGUCAUAUAUAUAUCAUUCAUAUAUGAGAUAUAUAUAUAUAUAUAUAAUAUAAUGACAUUGUUUUCCUGUUAAUAAAUGUUAAUAUGAAUAGAGUGUUAGAGAAUGAAUGUAAGAAAUAAAUAUUAGUCUAUGAUGGAAAAAAAAUCUAUAUAUAUAUAAUUCUUAACACCAAUAAUCACUGAAUAAUAUUGAAGAAUACUAUAAAUAUUUCAUUCCUCUUUGUGGGAUUGUGUGUUGAGAAAGUUUUUUUUCAGUUUUUUUUCUCUCGUUCAUAUCUACUCAAUAGCUGUCACACAAGAAACUGUAUAGAUGAUAAUCCUAGUCUCUGUUGGACCUGGAAGAUUAGGCUGAAUCCCAUGUCUUGUUCCAUCUCCGUGAAAAGAAAGUGAGCCUGUUGUUAUGUCUGUUUACAUGGACUGAUGAAGGAUUAUAUUUUUACUGAAAAACAGUCUACAGUUUUCUGGAGAGCCGGAGCUCUUGGUCCUGCUUCACGUCAUAAUUGCUGAAAGUUUUUUUUGUUUUGUUUUUUUUCAAAUUGUGCUUUGUAAAGCUUUUGCUCUCUGCGUUUACCGGUUUUAGUGAUCACAGAAUUCAUAUCAAAACGCAUGGCAGUGUCGUUGAAUGUUCCGUUCAUGUGCGUUGGUGGUAUACAGUGUUAUGAUAAGUAUGUAUGUAUGUGUGUGCGUGGAGUCAGACGUGUUUUCCAGUAGCCUACUUGUGUUGUUGUUUGCUGCAAACAUGGCGACAGUCACGUUGUCAUUAAAGUUCUCUUCAGAAAGCACAGUCUCCCCCCCCCCCCCUAAAUUCUCUCAGGUAGUCAGAGCUACAUAACCCUCUCUGAGAGUUGGACACGUACAGUAUAUAUUGGCUUACCGCUCCCCGGCGACACUGUCCUCUGGAAGUCUGCGCUCCGUAUUACGGCUGAGAGAAUUUAUCUGACGCAUUAACGUGUGAGGGGCUCUGUGUGAAGUAAUCUGCCAGUUUUACAGUGGCGACACGACACUGUUUGCUGUGGCAGUGGUUUGAUUAUCUGACGGCAGCUGUCCAGGGCCCGAAAAAUCAGCUCCAAUAUCAGCAAUAUAAAUGUUUCUGUAGGAUCAAACAAAGUCAUUUUGCUUCCCAUCCAUGAAUACAGAGGGAAAAACACCUCCACCUCAACGUUGUCAUAUGAGAAAGGAUAUCUUCUCUACAUUACAGUAUGUUUUUGUGAGAUUUACCUUAACUGCUGCAUUCUGGAAGUGGGAAAGAUACUAUUCAUAAUUAUUUGUGUUUCAAUUAAAAGUCCGAUAAUGCUGGUUGCAUAUACUCCACAUAAAUACAUGUUAUGUUGGAUCAAAUGUAGUUUCCCUGUUGAAUGGAGCAGAAAAAAAUAAAUCUCACAUCACCUCCAAACUUUAAAUCCAGAUAUAUUAAGAAUAGUACUAAAAUGAUGGUGCAUAGUCAGUGACCUAUUCACUUCAUCUUUGAUCAUAAAUGGUAAAGAAGUUUCAUGAUUAUGGGUUUAAACUUAUCGGUAUCAAUGUUUUUGAAUUCGCCCCCAAAAUUAAAGUGGAACUCACUUUGUCUAAAACACAUAAACGUAUUAAAAUGAGCAACAAUCUCCUUUGGGGCUUAUAAACUGUAGGUACUGCAUGUGCUUAUGAUGGCUUAUGUUUCGUUAUUCUUAAUAAUCAUCUCUUAUGGUCCUUCGACUGAACAGCUCAGUCAUUUGCGGUUACUGUUUGAACCUAUGCAACCCCCGAGCUUUCUCCCUGUAGCUGCCCGUGUGCUGUUGUGAUCGGUGAAGACGAGCAGGUAGCGAGGUUAGUCCUCGGUGUGGAACAGGAGCCCCUCGUUCUCCCCGUUGUUUUUUGCCAAAAGAUGAAAUCUGAUCCUCUUGAGUGUUUUUGAAAACGCCUCUUUUUGUCUGUUUGGCCCAAACCUGCGUCAGAGCAGUGGUAUCGUGUGCUCCCUCUAUUUUUGUGAGAUAAUUAAAAGAAUUAUAACGGAAUAGGAAAUAAAAUACAAAUGUGAAUGUCAA